AUGUUCUCUUGCUGCCUUCAGACUACUCAAGGCUCUGGCCUCAAGAAGGACAACAGUGAAGGCCAUGGUGGUGUUUGGAGACAGCGGGUCCGUUCUUGCCUCCAACGCCUCUGGCCAUUUGGUAGGAAGGAAACAAACUUGACCAAGGGCAGCCAGAGUCAAGAACACACAGAACAGGUUGAGAAGAAGUCUGCCCCAAAGAACCUGAAGAAGCCCUGUACAGAGUCCCGCAUCAGUGCAGACAUGGUGGAAAAGUUGGUGAACCACCUGGUACCCUCCCUGCAGGGUGGGGACCUCUUCUUUGUCCCUGCCUUUCUGUACACCUACCAAAGGUUUACCACUACCCAGCAGGUGCUGGACCUGCUGUUCAAGCGGUAUGAAUACUUCCGCCCUUAUUGUGAAGAGGAUGAACGGGUAAAGAAGACCAUUUGUACCUUCCUGGACACGUGGAUGGACAAGAAACCUGAGGAAUUUUGCCAGACUUCAGCUCUGUCCAUCGUGAAACAGAUGAAGAACUACUUGAUUGUACAUACGCCCUACUCAGACCUUGUUCUUCGUGUCCAUAUGCUCCUGACUCAUUUGGAGGAACAAAAGGCCACUGAAACAGAGGCCAAGGAUGAAGAAGACUCAGACCUGGGCAGCCACACAUCUGCAGAUCCAGAGCACUAACCAGCAGUGAAGCCAGUCAUCUGGAGCCAGAACCAACUUGCACACCAGAGUCAAAGAGCACCAACACCACCAGAAGAUUCCAUGAUACCUCUGCUGCUGGGACCAGACAUGACAGCAGAUUUGAGCCAGGACAGCAACAGCAGCUGCGGUUUCUGUGUGUCUCACCACAACAGGAGACACUGAGCAACUUUCACACACCUCACCUUAAGAGCAGUGGGUCCGGCUCCCCAGAGAACAGCCCUGCCACCCUCUUUCCUCUGGUUGUCCAUCUAUAUCUGCUCUG